UGACACAUGUGCUGUUUCCUUUUCCAGUUGCAAAGGGGUCAGGAACUCGGCAAGGAGUGUCUGAACAAGUGUUGCAUUCUCCUGAGUCCUUGGUCUCUUCCCUGCCUUUCUAGCUGCUCUGUUUAAUCCAGCCGGCGAUUCUGAACGGGGGAAAAAACAGUCAGCACAAAUAAGGCAUUUCUGAAGGCAUAAAUUAUGAGUGACAAAAACAAUGUGACACCAUCACCAUCUGGAGAUCACGGGGGUUCUUCAGCGACAGUAGAUGUGGCAGUCAUUGGAGGUGUCAUAGCAGCGGUGGCGAUUGUCCUAAUCUGCCUGUUGAUCGUGAUGCUCCGAUACAUGUACAGGCACAAGGGCACCUACCACACGAAUGAGGCAAAGGGAACUGAAUUUGCCGAAAGUGCAGACGCUGCGCUGAAAAAUGACCCGGCUCUCCAGGAGGCUGUGGAUGAGAGCAAAAAGGAGUAUUUCAUCUGAGAGCAAAAGGAAGCCACGCUGAGACUGCCUUAGUCGUUCUUUCCCCCCAAGGGAAUCGGUCAGAAAUGCUACAUCAACGAAAGCACUAAGAUAUGGAUAUGGCAAGGAUAGAAGCAAGCAUCCUAACUGAACUGCUACUCUCCCCCCCCCCCCACUCCCUAUGAAGAAUGGAACACCAGAUACCUGGCUGUUGAUUUUAUUAGCCACACAGCUGGUCACAGUUGAAUUCAGUAUCCGAUCAGAAGAAAUAAAAUCUCAGUCUGAAUGAUAAACCGAGACCAGCUAACGAUAUCAAAUGUCACACCUUGACAUUUGGUCAAAAUAGCAGAUGCCAAUGGAAAACAUCCUCUUAGCGUUAACGAUGCCCCCUACAUCGAUAUUAUACAGAACUACCUGAAAAUGCAUUGUCAGUGGUAAUAGAACAAGAGUUAAACCAGAUAAAAGCUGAGGUUAGUGGAACAAAAAUUGGUCUCUAGUCCAGAAUUCCCCCCCCCUUUAAAUGUGCACUUUGCCAGGUGUGAUUUUUUUCCUUCCAGCCCUCUUCCUUCCCCCACUCCCCCCACUUUGUUUUUAAGUCAAGGACGCGACACACACAAACCCUAUAGGAGAAAUAUGGAACACUUAAGAGUGAAGGAAUUUUAGCUAGCUCUUCAUGGUGACUUGAGGAAUGCAAAGUGUUAGAAUUUACAGUAUAUAGUAGGUAAUAACCACUAGACUUAAGACAAUGAUCCCAAAUAGCUAUUUGGCUCCUCUCAUGCAUACGUAAGUCAAUAGUUAUUGGCUAGUGCAGGCCUUCUGAAACAAAUGCUCUCCCCUAGAUUUGGAAUGAGAACUCUGGCCCUGGUGUUUGUUUAUUUAUUUCACAUUGGCGAAUUCUUUCAAAAACCUGCUGACAUUUGGGGGAAUUGAGUCAGAACGCAGACAUAAAUAACACUUAGAAAUGUAACUGUAAUGCUACCCUGGAGCAGUUUGUCCAUUUGAAUCCCAUUCGGUGGUAUUGAUCUUUCUCUCUUUUGUGCCCCUCCCAGCUUUUAAAUAUAUCUCGCUUUUCAUGCAGCCUCAGAUACAAAAAAUUCCAUUGAGCAUCACCUCUUUAAAAAAAUAAAAUGGACGUGAGCUGUAAAAUGAAAGAUCCUGUUCAUCACAUAAGAAUUCACUGUGAUGAAUUUCUUCACAACAGCAAGCUCUUUGUCUCACGGAAACCACCAGGUCGUCCUGGAAAUAGGAUUAAUUGUCCUCUGCACCUGUUUAUCACCAGCUAGGUUUAUGCCCUUAAUUAUCCCAAAUGAGUAUGGGGGGGGGGCGGAGGGAACAAUUAAUAAUAAAUGUGCCUUCGAUCAACUACCCUGUUUUAAAUCAAUAGUUUUCUAUGUUUUCCUGUUUAUAGAGAGACAUCUAUAAUUGUGCUUUCACAACUUGGUGGCUUCAUGUUCUCCAAAGAUCUUCAUUUUAUGACACUGGAAGCCAGACUGGCUCCUAGAGACCAGCUUAAUUCACCAAUGUUGGCCAUACAACUACUAGAGGAGACUAGAUCUCCAGGAGAAAAUAUUUGAGGAAUCAAGUAGAUUUGGUGAAGGAAGGGGACAGUUUUGUCUCUUUAAUUAAAUCCUCAAGGCCGCUCAGUACCUACCAGAGCAGGACUUUGCAGUAGGAGAGUCCUAAAGAUUGAAUGUUGGCUAAUGUUGAAUCUUUGCGCUGUAUGCUUUUAACCAAAGAAAAUCCAAACCAUGCCAACUUACUAAAAACUUGGGACCAAAUUCCACACACCAUUGUACAGCCAUAUCAUAUACAUCAGCCCACAUGAUACUAAAAUCCAAUAGUCCAGCACUAACACAAUUCAAAUGUUAUGGUGUUAUGUACUUGAUUUUUUUAUUCGUGUUACCAUUUGAAUCCUUUCACCGCUGCUUGUGAAAUAGGAAUAAACGUGUGUGAUUGUU